AUGCGCGGAAUUCCGUGUAGCGUAGCGCUGUUGGCGAGUAUCCUGCGAACACUUUUGCUUGGUGGUCGUGGAAGCAAAGCUGCCGAAUUCAACCCACUUACCCUGCGCUGGUGCCAGGACGUCCAUGGAGGGGAGCGCGACGAGAUCACCCGCGCAUGUCAGGUAAAAGACACCCACCUCAUAGCCGGCACCCCAGCCACCCCAAAGGGGAGAGGAGCUGUUGUCAGACAGGUAGAGCUGUUUGCCAUUGAUGUGGUCGGGCCGGGUGGCAGUGAUGGUGAAGCAGGACACUUGGGUCUGAAGGGGACAGCUAGUCGCGGUGGUCGCUGUGGCGGUUUGGGUACCGGUAACAGUGGUGGCGGUUUGAGAGACCACGAUGCGCGAGAAGGUCUCGGUCUUGAGGGCGCCGAGUGCGUCUACCGUGCUGUACACGGUGUUCACUACACUACCGGAAUAGGCAGUUGCGGUGGAGGUAUAGAAGGUGGUUGUGGCGGUGCCAGUGGCGACCUGGGAACAGGCAAGGGAGAUCUUGCUGGCGUCCCAGGCGGAGACCAGGGUCGGUUCGGCGACGACGGUACGUUUGGCGAUUUCGGCGGCCUUGUGGUGACGGUGGGGUAUUCGAAGAUGGUGGAUGUGGUCGAGAUGGUUGUUGGCACAGUGGUCUGUGUGGUUGUGGGCCCGGUAGGAAGUACAGAAGGCAGCACCGACGCUGCGAAGGGAACUGACCUCAUCUGCUGUUGGUAUGUCAUUGGGGACGUUGAAACACUUGGUCUGGCCGGCCUUGUCACCAGACUGGGAGAGAACGGUGGUGGAGCCACCCGUGAAAAGGACUUCGUUGUUAACGCUGGAAUAGGAGGUCAACUCGAGCUCACCAGCGUUACAAUAUUCUCCAUCAUCCUCGAUGAGGGCGGCGUUGAAGCCAAUGGCCGUAUCAGAGUUAAUGUAGAUGGGCUGGUGGCCGUAAUUUGCGUUCUCGAUCACAACAGCGAUGGCGAGCGAUGUUCUCAUGAUAGGAAUGAACGAAACCUCCGCAGAAGAAGAGAACACCGGGUUGUUGGAGAAGUCCAGGUAGAGGGUGCCACUGUUCACGCUGAUGGAGGCACCUGCGGUAAUGUCGACAGCGGCGGUAGUGGACCACUGAACUCCCAGACUGUACAACACAGAUGGUGUGAUUGUGAACUCUCCGGGGACCGAGACGGGCUGGUUGAAUUCGAUGGUAUCGAAGUUAUAGGUCCAUUCUCCAGACCAAGCGUCCGUGGUUUCAAGGCCCAUGACGAGGUUUCCGGUCCAGCUCAUGGUAGGCGUCAUGAAGGCGCUCAUAACCUUACCCGUGGAGGUAGCAAUCAUGACACUGCCUAUGAAUUCAAGGUUGGAGAUGCUCAGACCGCAAUCCACGCAGCUAAGCUUGCCGACCGAGGACUGCACCAGCGUCUGCGCUGGGAUCUCGUACUCCACGCUUGCAGUGUAGGUAAAGUUCCAGUAGGUCGCGACAACUACCUCAAGGUAGCAACCCGUCCAGAUGAGCUCGGCAAGAGCCCCCAGUUCCUCAUCAAGUGCGUCAAGGAUGUCGCCAACAAUGUCGCUACAGGCACCCUCCCAGAGAUACUUCCACCAUGCCUCGUCAUUAAGCCCGGAACGCUUGGCGAGCAUGGAACGACGGUGACGGUGAUAUGCUUCAGUAGGUUGUCGCAGGAACGUAGACACCGUUAG